CUCGUUUCGGGCUCUCGUUCGCGUUGCCUGCUGCCUGCUCUGCCGUUGUGGUGGUGGUGGUGCUGUCCUGUGUGUGAUAUUUGGCCAACGCCAUCGGUGAAUCGGAACUCGACCCCCUUCCCCACCCAACGACAAGACAGCGAGGAAUUUUCGCGGUACCCUCACACCACUCCUGCCAUUCCCAUGACUCCAAAAUGACUGUGGACUUCCGCGACUACUUCUGGGGAGAAAAGAACAAUGGCUUUGAUGUGCUCUACCAUAACAUGAAAUAUGGCUAUCUCGCGGCCAAAGACUUGGCGGAGUUCUUCCGCGAGAGGUCUCUGGUGGAGGAGUCCCACUCGAAGCUGUUGUCGAAGCUUGCCCGCCAGGCAGCUGGCUCCUGCUCGACGGGCACCUUCGGCCCCCUAUGGGGGGUGCUGCGCUCCACCUCCGAGAAGCUCUCCUCGCUCCACGCGCAGAUGGUGGCACAACUGCAGGACCUGGUCCGGGAGGUGCAGCGCUACUGCGAGGAGCAGCACCGGCGGCACAAGCAGGUGAAGGAGGAGGAGGCGCCAACACUAGAGGUGGUGCAGGGCCUGCAGCAGACGACGGGGGCUUUGGCCAAGGCCCGCGAGGCCUAUGCUGCCCGUUGCCUCGAGCUGGAGAAGCUCAGGAGGGAGUCCUCGCCCAAGGACCUAGACAAGGCAGAGGCCAAGGCUCGCAAGGCAUGCGAGGAGUACCGGCAAUUGGUGGAGCGGCAUGGUGUGGUGCGGGCGGACUUUGAGCGGCGCAUGGCUGGCUCGUGCCAGCGGUUCCAGGAGCUUGAGGUGGGCCACCUGCAGCAUAUGAAGGAGUUCCUGGCGGGGUAUGCGCGUGUACUCGACAGCAGCCACGCCCUUGUGGGGCAGGUGCAUGCUGAGUUCCGGCAGCAGUGCGACGCCCUGGACAUCGACACGUUGCUGCGGCAAUUUGCAGCUGCCCGUCAGACGGGCUCCGAGAAGCCAGAGGCGAUCACCUUCGAAGAGCCCGACCCGAGUCUGCAGCUGACGCCGACGAAUGCGGGUGCCACGGGCUCACCGCCGUUCUUCACGACAUCCACGCCUGCGCCGACCGCCUCUAGCGCCGAGAACGGGCCCGUGCUGCCAGCCGACUUCUGCCCAGCGGCAGCAGCGGCGGCGCCGGCACCAUCUUCAGCUGCCACCAACGGUCCGCAGCCGCCUGCGGCUAAGAAAGAAGGUAAAGGGCGGCGCCACCGCGCCAUGUCUCUCCUGGACCUGUUUUUUUUCUCUCCGUCCCUGUCGGCCACGAAAACGCCGGCCCCUUCUCCUCCCCCCGUCGCCAACAACAACAUCAACGCCACUGCCACCACCACCACCGCUGCACAUCCUGCUGCUCCCGCCGCGGGAAAACUGCAUGAAAUACAAGUUUAUAUGGCGGAUGGAACUGUUCAGCAGUGGCAGCAGAAGCAGCGCGCCGGCGGUCACGGCGGUGGCAGUGGUGGGUUCUUGAGGACCAAGUGGGAGCGGCAGAAAGAGAAGCGCAAGCGCAAGAAGGAGAUGUCUUCCAAGGAUGCGUCGACCACGAGCGGAGAGGCGCGGCCGCCUGGGUGGCGCUCGCUCCUCAGGGCACGAGCCGCUCUGGGCCGAGCCGGCGGCAGUGGCACCCUGCACGAACCGUCGCCGCCAUGCGAGCGUAGCGCGCUCCGGCGACUUUCUGUCGAGCAACCCCGAGCCGCCUCCGACCUCGAUUCGCUCUUCAACGUGCCGGUCCCCACGGCAACCGCCUCGGUUGCCCCGGUGCCCACCAGAGACAGCAAAGAAUCUGAAGAACAGAAUGCUGAAGUCGACGAAGAAGGUUACACAGUACGGCCAUCAUCGGAGCGUCACAAAGAAAAUGACAGGGACAGUUUCUACUCUAGUUCAGACGGCGAUUCAGACGAUGAAGAGAGAGACAGGAGGAUCCACAUAGAAAUCAAGCCCCUGAGCAACGGUGCGCCAAUGAGUGCAAGUGUCGACGAGCUGCGUGCCACCAUUGGAUCACUAUCACUGUCACCAAUUCCCCAGCACUCUAGUCGGAGGCCAGAAACGCUGUACAUCAGGCACAAGGCACGGAGAGCAUACAACAGCGCCUCGUCGACGCCAGAUGAAGCACCCAAGAGGCCAGCAAAUCAAAGUUCAAAGGACAGCGCCGGCAUAGGUAGCGGCACGGAAGCUGACAUGCUCGGCAUGUUUCCGCUGGACACGAGCGCAUCAACGCCCACCACAAGACUUCAAAGUCCCCUGGGCCAGGGCGAGCCAGCGUCACAGCCUUCUGCGUCGAGCAGCGUGCCCUCCUGGGACCGAUAUGCAGCAUUGAGUGACUUAUUCAACGACAAGGCACCGGCCGACUUGUCGAGUUCAGAGGCCAGCAAAGGAGCGACCACCAGCAGGGGAGGAACGCCAACAAGUGCCUUCACGGGGCCUGCGCUACCAAGGCCGCCGUCUAGACGAUCGGAGGCUGUACGUGGUCGGGCAUCGCCACUGCCCAUGAGCCGGACGGAGAGCGUAGGCAGCCUGAGCAGCGACUUCAAGACGACGCCCAUGCCCCUAGGGUCGUCACGGGGUCCCUCACCACUCACGAUUGGCUUGUGUGACUCCAUCCCGCUGGCUAUCGCCUUCCAGGAGGUGGUGCACGCUCGCUUCCGAGGAACGGACGAGACCCUCUGCCAGGUAAAACUCUUGGGCGACAUGAAGGUGUCCUUCCCUGCGGGCAUUGUCCACGUGCUGACAAACAACCCAUCGCCAGCCACACUAACCUUCAGGGUCAACACAGCUCGCUUUGACAACGUCCUACCCAACAAGAACCUCAUCACAUUGGACGCGAGCCAGUCAACGAGCGACCGGUGCGUGUACGAGUUCAACAUGUCGUUGCUGACGGGCCUGCUGCGACGGCAGCACGAGCAGACACCCUCGGCGUCCUACUUCAACAUCGACAUCCUCAAGUACCACGUGCGGGCGGGGCCUGGUGCUCGGUCGGCGCCCCUGCACCUGGUCGCCUACUGGAAGACGCAGGAGGACAACACCAACCUCAAGAUUGACUACGAGUACAAUGCCAAGGCCCUGAGCCUGCCGGCGGGCACAGGGGCCACUGGAGUGAGCCAGCCUGCGUCAGCAAACCCGGCACCAUCAGCACCGGGGCUUCCGCCACUGACGGGACUAUGUCUGGGCGUGCCAAUGGACGGUGGUGUGACGAGUGUGCAGGCCAAGCCUUCAUGUGUGUGGAACGGGGAGACCCAGCGCGCCCUGUGGAGGCUGAAUGACCCACUGGGUGGGACGGCAGGCAGUCAGCGGGGCGGGUCCGUGCUGGCACGCUUCGCCCUGUAGCGGGGACCUUCUACGCCUCGCCCCUGGAGGCGCGCU